UUUUUCCGAGCGGGGACGGGGCUGGGCGUGCUCGUCCUCAGUCGGGAACGGCGCCGUCCUCGUCCUGUAGUCCUCCAUGUUUUUAAACGUCGAGAGCAGCGGGGGAAACAGGAUUGACUCUCUCUUACUCUAAACCACAACUCCGCCAUGCAUUUAAGACGGAGGCCGUCCCAGCAUGUCAGAGACUGUGAAAUAUGUGGAUGAUGAUCACAAAACCAUCUUCUUGAAGAUUUUGAAUGAGCAGAGGCUAGAGGGUGAACACUGCGACAUUGCAGUAGUAGUUGAAGAUGUCAAGUUCAGGGCUCAUCGGUGCGUGUUAGCAGCUUGCAGCAACUACUUCAAAAAGCUUUUUAAGAAACACGAGGUGGACAGCUCCUCUGUGAUAGAGAUUGACUUCAUCCGGUCAGACAUCUUCGAAGAGGUACUGAACUAUAUGUACACUGCAAAAAUUUCGGUUAAGAAAAAAGAUGUUAAUUUAAUGAUGUCAUCUGGACAGAUCCUUGGAAUCCGGUUUUUGGAUAAGCUGUGUUCUCAGAAACGGGAUAUGUCUUCCGAAGAGAAAAACGAACUUAGGAAUUCCAAAUUCCCUUAUGACAUUGUUAAAAACGGGCUUCAGAAUGAAGACGCUCAGUUAAACCAAGACAGUGAUGUGCAGGUGCUUGGGGACCAAGACGACCCGCCUUCUGACGACAUUGUUGAGGAAGCUCAAGGCAAUCACGAUCUGGACAAAUCACCCAGCAGCGCCCUUCGAGUAGAGGAGGCGAUUCUAAAGGAGCUAGCACAGGAGGAGGUAAACAAGGUUGGCUGCUAUGAUCAAGACGUGGAAGCGAUGGACACUGAGCCCAAGGAGCUUGCCGCUCACACCCAGACCCUGUCUUUUGCUGACAGCAUGGGGGAGGUUAAGGACGAGCAAGCCCCUGGAUGGACCACAGCUGCUGCAGAAAUGAAGCUGGAAUAUCUGCUGUACGGCCACCGGGAUCAGUUUGCUUGUCAGAUUUGUGGCAAGAGCUUUCUUGACGAGAGCCGGCUGAGGAAACAUGAAAAGCUACAUUCUGCUGAGAGGCCGUUUAUAUGUGAGAUAUGCCCCAAAGCAUUUACCACCCAGGCCCACUUGAAAGAGCAUCUGAAAAUUCACACUGGCUUCAAGCCCUACCGAUGUGAUGACUGCGGCAAGUCUUUCAUUCGAGCCCCAGAUCUAAAGAAACACGAGAGAGUGCACAGCAACGAGCGACCCUUCGGUUGCCAGAUGUGCGAAAAGGCCUUUAAACACAAGUCUCAUCUGAAGGACCAUGAACGCAGACACCGAGGCGAAAAGCCCUUUGUAUGUGGUGCCUGUCCCAAGGCCUUUGCCAAAGCCUCUGAUCUAAAGAGACACGAGAACAACAUGCAUAGUGAGCGAAAGCAGCUGUGUGCCAACAGCUUACAAAGUGAGACUGAACAGCUGCAAGCGGCAGCUAUGGCUGCAGAGGCUGAGCAACAACUGGAAUCGAUAGCAUGCUCGUAACGGACUGUUUUGUGUGAUGUACUCACACCAAUGCACUGUAAAACAAUCUUUUCUUACUCCUUUUGUUUUGUUAAGCAGGCGUAGUCUUACUGUUUUGGUUCGUCUUGUUAUAAGUUCCUUUUUUGAACUGUUGGAAUUUCAGAUCUCGGUAGUAUGUGUAGAUUUUCAUAAAUUUAGACACACGACUUGAUUUACACUGUUGAAUGUUUUUGUUUUCUCUACAAUGAAAAUGGUGCAAGAUUUUUUUUUCUCACUGUACAGUUCGUACCAAAUGUAUUUGAAUAUUUGUGGCAGUCUGAUGGACAAAUGGACACUGAUUUGCACUGCCUUACUCUUCUUGACAUAGUAAUGAUGCAUUUCAGCAGCACCAGUUUUGCUAAAAAGACUGUAGAGGAGGGAGAAACUGAACAAAUGCAUCUUUGAUGGUUAGUCAUUCCAUCAAAUAUGUUGCAAGAGAAAAAGAAGAUUUAGCAUAUAAUAUUUUUGCUGUAAUAAAAUGCAUUUCCCAUGGGGAGUACUUCUGUGGA